AUGGGCAAAAAUAAAGAUAAAUAUAAAGGAGGCUCGAAUUCUGUUUUUGCUUCAUACAUGGCUAAUUUACCGUCUGAAGGUACAAAUAGCGGAUCUGGAAAUAGAGAAACUCCGUUACCAGAUAAUAUGAAAGCUUCCACUCUAUUGGAACAAAUUGGAACAGAACGUUCAUGGCUCGAAGAUCAAAUAAAUUUGGACCUAGCGAUUCUGGAAAGCAAUCGCAUCUAUACCGUCGGGGAUCUUCGGUUUCUCUCACGCGAUAGUUGGAAGCAAAUCGAGUUUUUACCUAUUGUGAAAGAUUUAAUUCGUGAAGCUAUUUCUCGAAACCUAUUAGAUCCAGAUGAAGCAGCCUAUGAGAUGAAAAAAGCUGAGAAAAGGGCACGAAAAGAGCUAAAGAAACAAGAAAAAAAGAGCAAGAAGGAACGAAAAGAAAGAGAAAAGUCAAUGAAAAACAGCAAUAAAAAUCUUACCAAUUUCAACAAAAACAUCAAAGGAAUUAACGAAGACGAUAUGGUAGUUAUAAGAAAUAAAGAGAAGAAUGGCAGUGAUUCAUAUUCAUCUUCUUCGUCUGAAUCAUCUUCUGAUUCAGACAGUGAAUCAGUAGACUCAUUGGGAAAGAAAGCAUCAUCGUCGUCGUUUAGCAUCAAUAAUGUGCAGCAAACAGUAUCAGCCCCACCAUAUUCUUUUUCAUCCACAAAACCCGUCAAACAGAUUGUUGGCAAUAAUAGACUUAGAAUUAGAGCGCCAAAUGGUCGCACAUACGAGGUUGAUCGCUAUUGUCCACAUAAAAAUGCGGAUUUAUUAUCCAGAGGAGCGAUUGUUGGCAAUAAAUUGAUUUGUACCAAGCAUGAGUGGGAAUAUUCGUUGGAUCAAGGAGGAAAAUGUGCUCGUCAUGGUGCCACGAUUAAUGCUUGCGCUGUAAAUGAUUGGUAA